GGAGGGUUAGUUACUGCGGCGCAGCGGACGAGCGCUUGAGCGCAACUUCAGUAGGCUACUCAGUGCUGCGAGCCGUCAGCAGCACCAGCAAACAUAAACAAUGGCGGAGCAGCUGUAAACCCACCACACAGCGGAUCUAAUUUGCCCCAUGGAUGGGCAUUUCGCGUACACCGACAUGGAAAGCCCGACUGAAAACCCCAGUAAGGCGGCGGAGUACCUGAAAGAGCUCAAUAAAAUCAUCGAAACCCAACAGGAGUUGUUGGAGAGGCAGAAAAUUCGGAUUGAAGAGCUCGAGCAGCAAGUGACUGAUCUUUGUCAGGAGAACGCGUGCCUCAAGGAUCAGCACCAGAGGCACCUGGCCACCUGCAGACUGCAACAACAGGGCAACAGUCUCCCUACGCUGGGUGCCAUAAAGGAAAAUGUGAUCCAGGAAAAGAAAGAAAGUGAAGGCCUGCGUGUCUCAAAUGUCAGACGGCACACUUCUUUGCCCCUCGAUGUCACAGAUAACCCUGGCAACUUUAUUGUUCCACUGUGUCGAAGAAGUUACCCCUGUCGCAAAUGGAAGUCUGCAUCUCUUGGUGUGGAAGGUGAGGCUCCAGGCGGCGAGGCAGGUCCCUCUCUGGAGAACAGUGGUGGUUACAUACGAGGGCCAGUGACCCGCACUGCCAUUAUCAGUGGCGAGCACUUUGACGGGCCACCGCUGUAUGCUCACGAGGUACGGCAGCGUCCGCGGCGUCCCAAACUCCAGCACUCUCAGUCCAUUUUACGUAAACAGGCUGAGGAGGAGGCCAUCAAACGCUCCCGAUCACUGUCCGAGAGCUAUGAGCUCUCCACCGACCUUCAAGACAAACAGGUUGAAAUGCUGGAGCGCAAGUAUGGAGGGCGUUUUAUAACCCGACAUGCUGCACGCACUAUCCAGACUGCCUUCCGCCAAUAUCAGAUGAACAAGAACUUUGAGCGCCUCAGGAGUUCUAUGUCAGAGAACCGCAUGUCCAGACGCAUUGUUUUGUCCAAUAUGAGAAUGCAGUUUUCUUUUGAAGGACCUGAAAAAGUCCACAGUUCCUACUUUGAGGGGAAGCAGGUGUCACUUACUGAAGAUGGGUCUAAACUAGGAGCCUUGGUGCAAUCAGAGCGUGGUGAAAUGGUCCCUACCAAGAUGAAGACACCCGCUGUCCAGAGUGAUUUCACAGACGCCAUCACAGAGCUGGAGGAUGUUUUCUCUCGGCAAGUGAAGUCGUUGGCCGAGUCGAUAGACGAUGCUCUGAACUGUCGGAGCUUGCAUGGUGAUGAGGGUCAGCCUGAGCCCACCAGAGGUCGUGCAGACCUUGAACAAGAGGUUACUUACCAGGUUAAACCUUCCCACGGCAGCGACCACCGAAAACGAGACGAGAUGACAGCGUCCUACAGCGAUGUGACUUUAUAUAUAGAUGAGGAAGAGCUCUCCCCUCCUCUUCAUCUAUCACAGUCCGUUGACAGGCCUUCUAGCACAGAAUCAGACCUCCGUCUGCGUUCUUUGAACUCUUCACAGGACUACUGGUCACUAGCUCAUAAGGAUGAAAAAGGGGACACGGACACUAGCUGCCGGAGUACCCCGUCUCUGGAGUGUCAGGAGCAGAGACUGAGAUUAGACCACCUCCCCCUGCUUACUAUCGAACCUCCCAGCGAUAGCUCAGUUGAGUUGAGUGACCGCUCUGACCGCAGUUCACUCAAGAGGCAGAACGCCUACGAUCGGGGUGUCGCUAGCCAGAAGGGCAGUCCUAAACACAUCCCUCCUCACACCCUCCCCCUACGAGGACCUUCAAGAGAUGAUGAUGCCCCUCGCCAUCGACCUCGCCAGCUGGAGAGCCACCUGGCAAUCAAUGGCACCGCCAACCGACAGAGCAAGUCAGAGUCUGACUUCUCAGAUGGUGAUAACGACAGCAUCAACAGCACUUCCAAUUCCAAUGACACCAUCAACUGCAGUUCAGAGUCCUCGUCUAGGGAUAGUCUUCGAGAGCAGACUCUUAGCAAGCAGACGUACCAUAAGGAGACGCGCAACAGCUGGGACUCGCCUGCAUUUAGCAAUGAUAUAAUUCGCAAGAGGCACUACCGCAUUGGCCUGAACCUUUUCAACAAGAAGCCAGAGAAAGGCAUCCAAUACCUGAUUGAGCGAGGAUUUGUCCCAGACACACCUGUGGGUGUUGCACACUUCCUGUUACAGAGGAAGGGGCUGAGCCGGCAGAUGAUUGGCGAGUUCCUGGGCAACAGGCAGAAACAGUUCAACAGAGAUGUUCUUGACUGUGUUGUAGAUGAGAUGGACUUCUCAGCAAUGGAGCUGGACGAAGCCUUGAGAAAAUUCCAGGCUCACAUCCGGGUGCAAGGAGAAGCACAGAAGGUGGAACGACUCAUUGAAGCCUACAGUCAGCGAUACUGCAUCUGCAACCCGGGGGUGGUGCGUCAGUUUAGAAACCCGGAUACCAUCUUCAUUCUGGCAUUUGCCAUCAUCCUCCUCAAUACGGACAUGUAUAGCCCAAAUGUGAAGCCAGAGAGGAAGAUGAAACUGGAGGACUUUGUGAAGAACCUUCGCGGGGUGGACGAUGGCGAGGACAUCCCACGUGAGAUGUUGGUCGGCAUCUAUGAGCGAAUCCGGAAACGAGAACUGAAGACUAAUGAAGACCACGUGUCCCAGGUGCAGAAGGUGGAGAAACUCAUCGUCGGCAAGAAACCGAUUGGGUCUCUGCAUCAUGGCCUUGGAUGUGUACUAUCUCUACCACAUCGCAGACUGGUAUGUUACUGCAGACUGUUUGAAGUGCCCGACCCUAACAAACCUCAGAAGCUGGGUCUCCAUCAGAGAGAGAUCUUCCUCUUUAAUGAUCUUCUGGUGGUCACUAAGAUUUUCCAGAAAAAGAAGAACUCUGUGACGUACAGCUUCAGGCAGUCCUUCUCUCUGUACGGGAUGCAGGUGCUUCUGUUUGAAAACCAGUAUUACCCCAAUGGAGUGCGUCUCACUUCAGCUCUUCCAGGUGCAGACAUCAAGGUUCUCAUUAACUUUAAUGCCCCCAAUCCGCAAGACCGCAAGAAGUUCACGGAUGACCUGCGGGAGUCCAUCGCAGAGGUGCAAGAGAUGGAAAAGUACAGAAUUGAGUCUGAACUGGAAAAGCAGAAAGGAGUGGUCCGUCCCAGCAUUUCCCAGAGCUCAGGGCUUAAGAAAGAGACAGGAAAUGGCAAUCUAAGUCGCGCAAGUCUGGACGACAGCUACGCCGUGGGUGAAGGCCUCAAGAGAAGUGCCCUAAGCAGCUCCCUACGUGACCUUUCAGAUGCAGGCAAGCGGGGGCGCCGCAGCAGUGCAGGAUCUCUAGACAGCAAUAUGGAAGGGUCCAUCAUUAGCAGCCCCCACAUACGACGGCGAGCCACGUCCAGCCACGACUGCCCCUCACACCAGCAGUCCAUCCCAAACUCCUCCUCUCUUCUGGGCUCCAUUUUCGGCACCAAGAGGGGCAAGUCACCUCUGCCUUCGCAACCCUCCCACCCCUCUCACCCGACACUCAUCUCUCACACCCCACACCCAUCCAACCUGCACCACACGGCCCGCGAGGGCGUCUCCGAGACCCAGGCCCAGAUGCACCCCCACCACCCUCAGUUCUGCCACAUACAGCAAAACCCCCCACCCUACCACCACCACCAUCACUACCACCCACCAACGCACGUUCAACACCCCCCUCACCAGUUCCACCCCACGCCCAGCCACUCGCACGGUCCUCAUGGCCUUGGGCCACACCCAUCACACCCCACGCACACCCAGCAUGCGCCUCACCACCACACCCAGCCACCCGCCCCUCCUACAGCACCCAGUAGCACCAAACCCAAACACAGCGGCAUCAGCACCGUGGUCUGAGCCCGUCUCCGAACGCUUUCCUCUGGGACUGAUUUUGGCAGGUCGCCUGGCAGCAGACCGUGGGUCUUUUAGCUUGUGUACUGAAGAUUGUAACGUGCAACCGAUUGUUGCUGCCUACCAGGACGCAAUUGGGGAACAAGAACAAAGUGCACCUUCACUGUUUUACUUCAUCCAGAGCCCGUCACCUCUGUAGCAUUGGCCUUCUCCUCUGGGGCUGCUAGAACUCCUAUCAUCACCAUUGUUACCAGUCAACGCCCAAGCUGUAGACUCCCAGACAAAGUAGAGACUUUCAACCUUCAAGAAGCAUGCGUAAAGACCGUGGCAACUGUUUUCUUGUACCUACAAUACCUAAAAUGCAUUAUCAUGUAGCCUGCUUAUUAGUUUCCAGAAACUAUGUUUUGGCCCAGAAAUGGUCUACGGACACGGCCAUGGAUGAAGUCAGUCGCAACACGUGGUAUUCCAGUAUUUAAUGUAGCUGUAGACCACACAUUUCUGUGAUAUAGUUAGGGGACUAUAAUGUGCCAAUUACUAAAAAGCAGUGACUGAGAAAAAGAUUUGCAUUGUGUAUGUUGUGCAUAUAGUAUUUUGUAAAAUAAUAAUAAUAAUGUUAUCAGCUAUUAUUGUUAUUAUUAUUGUUAGAGAACAUAACGAUCCAAAGCCUCUACUCUCGAAAUAGGAGUUACAAGUUUCCAAUAAUACUGAACACAGUGUGACCCGCUUGAUUAGGUGGCCAUUUGAACAACGUGGAAUUUAUCGGUUGCCUUUGGAAGAUUCAGGUCGGAAUCUCCCAAUCCGGGAUGGCUGUGUUUGCUUCACCUCCUUAGGGAUCUAUGUAGCGCAAACCAAUCACAGGGAUCGUGGGAAGGGGAAGGGUGGGACAGGAACUAAGCCGAGCUCACCAAUGGAUCCUACACUCAACAUGCUGCAACAUGGUUUUAUUUUUUUAACUAUUUUUUUAGAGAUUAAUAAAACAAAAUGAAAUAAAUGUACAUUUGAAGAUGUUUAUGGUAUAGCUGGUUAAAACAGAGAAGGCUAUUUUGGAAACACGUUUAGCAUUGGGGUAGCGUUUCGUUUAGAAUAGUCAGAUGUAUUGGAGGAAAGCGGGCUGCACUUCAAAGUUGACCCAAUUCUCUCCCCCGUAUUUCAAGGGUUUGUUUCAAGUUUGUGCUAAGAUGUUGAUUUUCUCAGCGGGCUGAGUGCCCUCUUCUUCACUUAUGGAGUGUUAACACACACUCAUAUUCUUCUGUCCCCCUGUAUGAAUGCCUUUCACUUGCUCAGAAACACAGCUAAUGUAAUGUUAUCUAAUGUCAUGUAAACUGCAUAUAAUAUGUAGCAGUGUUUCAGCCCUCAAAAUGGACAGUUUUUCACACAUAUCCCCUUUCUUGGUUCAAUUUUUGACUUGUUUUAUACUGUAUAAUAUAUAAAUGGCAAAGGGGCUGUGAUUUGAUUUAGUUUUGUGUGUGAAUGCUCUUUCAACUCAAGCACAGAGCUUCUAAACAGCACUUCUCUUUGUAAAUAAUCACUUCAUGUACAGAAAGAUUGCUCUAUGAGACCAUUGUCAGCAAUUACGACAUUUGCUGGGCAUUUUUUCUUUUUCUGGUCUUUUUUUUUUCUUCUUCAUGUGCAAUAUGUAUGGUUUUGUAAAUUUAAAGUUUGCAAGGUUGUAAAUUCAAAGUUAUUGUCCCAGUUUUUUUUGUUUUUUUUUUGUUACAUCAUAUCUCUUAUAUCAUAUGUCAAACCCCAUAUUGUUUCUCACUCCCACCGACAACUUAUUCUCCCUUGUCUCUCUUUACCUGCAACCUGCAGUCAGGAAUGUCAACUCAAGUACUCUUGCAUGUAAAGUUAUAUUGUAAAAAAAAAAAAUCUCUCGAUAUUGCAUAUUUCCAGAGAUAUUUUCAGUGUUACAGUUGACCGUUGUUAAAUGAGUGAUGAUAAACAUAUUAAAAUCUGUAGACUUUUCAUUCAACUCUGUUCCAUGGAAAAGUCUUUAACCUAUUUUGCACCGAACUAGUUUCAAAUAGAUGACAUUUGUUUACCUGACCACUGGGAUUAAAAUUGUCAAAUAUUUUAUAAAAGAGAAUAUUAGCAGUAACCUAAUCAUAAGUGUCAGUGGAGCACAUUCAUAUAAUAGAUGCUUACAGAGAAUAGAACUUAAAUCUGUCAUGGUUAUUAUCAGAGUAGACUUCCUUACACCUGACUUGUUCCUAGGAUGCAUUGCAGCCAGCAAAAUUGUACAGGACUAGAAUAGUUUAUUUCUGUGAACGAAUGUGAUCGGUCAAAGCCAUUUCACACUAAAUAAAUUCAUUCUGGGAUAAGAAACAUCAAGAUCAACUUUUUUAAUUUAUUUUAGUUUUUUGAUUGAUUUUUCACCUUUGUGUUGAAUGUAUUCAGAUUUCAAUUCAGUGCGGUGUAUUGUACAUGUAUUGUGGUGCUUCAUCUUUUGUAUAUUACUGGACUAAUCAGGCGAAACUUCCCAAAACUUUGCAUGCAGCUGAUGCCUAGCACCACUGGUUGAAAUGUGAGCUUAUAAACAUAAAAUGAAAAAAAUGUGCUUUCUUUUUAUUUUCGGUUCUUUGCCAUCUUUUGUUUGCUUAAUUGGUUGGUUUUAUUGUUUGUGUUUAUUUUACGUGAUGUUUGCUUGUUGCAUUUUAUGCUGCGCCACUGCGUCUCGGCAUGUAUAUCACUUGUUGCUGUAUAUAUCACAAACCAUAGUGAGAAAUUAGACAAAUAAAGCAUAUCUAUAGAAAUCUAAUAUGGAUGAUAAAGGGAAAGUGUAAGGGUGGGGGCUGGGUUGACUUGUACAUAGUCUGUAUAAUACUUUUUUGUUUUUCGGUCAGCCAUUACACUGACGCUGUAGUCCUUCUCCAUUUUAACAUGACAAUGCUUCUGCUACCAAAUGUGCUUCUUGAAUUUGUCAUUAGAAUCUUCUUUAAUAAUCCGACUGUUACAUGACCGCCUUUCAUGUGCGUCCACUCAAACAUCUCAUUUUUUUAAAUGACCAAACAAGGAGAGGAGAACUAUGGUUUUAAUAUGCAUUCUUUUUCUAAGUAGAUGAAGAGACCCUAUUGAUGUUUAACUAUAACCGUGACCAUGUUCAGAACAUUAAAUAAAACAAUAUACAGUAAUA